AUGAAAAAUCAAGUCACAAAUACUGAAAUCUUUUAUGUUGAAAAGUCUGUUCUCAAAAGGGAGUUUGUUGAAAAACUGAACCUCAGAGACAUACCAAAAGAUGUUCUUAAACAACCAGAUACUUUCAAAGGCUCAGAUCUUAAAAGUUUCCUAAAGGCUGGGUCUUGA